GAGAUGAACUUUUCCUCCCUCCUUCAGACCGCCUCCACGCCCCCUUUCCGCUCUCCUCCGUCUGUGCUCCAUUUUAUUCAAACCCCUGUUACGCUUGCCUCUAGUCCUUAGCUCGCCCUUUGACGUGCAAUUCGCCACAAAUCACCUAUAUUUUACUCCCUCUGAAUUAAUGGCACCACGAACGGAAGCAAAAACGGCAUCUGAGAAGCCUGCAAAGAAGACGAAGUCGUCUGGAGGUGGUGGGCGUAAGAAGCUUAGUGCAUUCAACAAAUUCAUGCAGUCUGAGAUGGCUCGGUUGAAGGAGACUGAACCGCAAGCGUCGCAUCAAGAGAGAUUCAAGCAAGCAACUUCCAACUGGAAGACGGCGAAAGAAAAUCCCAAGGCUGUCACGGCUUGAUGGACGACCAGCGCACCCUUUUAACGAGCGGCACGUCGUCGCUGUGUAUUGUACCCUGCUCCCCGAAUUUCUUGACCGUUGUUAACUCAACGACACAUUCCACCACACUCAAAGUCUGUAUGCUUAAAUGACUGUUAUACUUAUUAGCGAGCUACCUCUUUUCUACUUUGAUUAUCUCCUGUUGUCCUUUUUCUGAGUUUUGGGAUGUGGUUGUUUUGGGUUCUAGUGUUGCUACUAAUUAUCUACAUUCACGUCCUUGCUAGUUGUCUUUUACUACAAUAUUAUUAUGACUUCUUGAGCCA